UCUCCUCUUCAUGUCCGGUUCCCCAAACCCUCUCCCCCUCUUCGAGCCACCCUCAAACCCCAGCCUCAGGACCCUCAUCCCCUCCUCCACAACGGCAGCUGCUCUCAUCCUCGUUGCCCUCUUUGGACGCCUUCUCAAGCCAGCCCUCAUUGUCAUCCUCGUCUCUCAGUCCGAGACCCUCCCGGAAUACCUCACCGACGAUGAGAAAGUCCGCACACUUGUAGACCACCUCACCUCUAAUCUAGACGACAUCAAGGCGCUCCGAUCCCUACUUGAGCUCAAAGUGAAGACCAAUCCACUCCCCGACGCUAUUGCCAUCAUCGACCACCUCAUUGCUCUAGAAUUUGACGACAAGGACCUUCCCCUCCUCGGUAGCUUGGAAGAGGCGGUUUUAGAAAAACCGGAUCCAUAGUUGAUGUCCAAGAUUAUAUAUAUCGUUUAGAGCCGGUUUAAAUCAACCGCAUGUAAAUUCUAUAGUUAACUUUGAAAAAUCUCUAUCUCUCAAGGAUAAGCUCAGGCGGGCCAAGGCCUUCACAUCACUGCCUCUGUGGGAGCUGUAGAGAUGCCGAUCAUUGCAGUAUCCGGCAACAAGAGGUGCUUCGACUCAUUCAUAACUUUUGGUAAAUCUCAGUUUCGAAGAGAAUGUGCGAGGGAGAGAGCGAAAGAGGUUCAUUGGUGUUGGUGAGGCUUCAUUCAUAAAUCUUGCAGCUCCCUUCAUUGAUGAUAAUGCCCCAGCAACUCAGGUCUGAUUUUACUUUGUAUCUUUUAUAGUUAAAGAUGAAUGAAGUAUGGUUAUCAAUUGUAUGCUUUUACCUUUCUUAUGUACCUCCAUAGCUAAAAGAAAAUACUGUUCAUGCAUGUGGCUUGCAUUGACCUCUUUCAUAUGUUCAAUCUUUCUAUAUUUUGACAAUGAAUAGUGCAGGAACUUGUGAUAAUCUAGCUAACACAGGAAUUAUAAUGGAGUGAGCAACUUUACUUUCAGUGUAAAAUAAUGUUGGUUUUGUUGACAUUCAUGAUAUAAAAGCUAGUGCAUGAGUUGUUAGAUUGAGAAG